UGUGGUUCUGUAAUCAAAAAACAUUUUAUUCUCAUUUAGUUUAUUUGUCUUUUUAUUUAGUGUCUUUUAGUUUGUUUUCUGUAUUCAUUCAUUAUUGUUCAUAUAAACCUCUCAUACUAACGAGCAUCAUUACAGCAACUAUAUCUUUUAUUAUUUUCAUGACAAGUCCAUGGAGUGAGAAUGAUAUAUUCUGUUUCAUUACACUAGCCACAAUGUCUGCUUAUGUUGAAUGCUUAUCAUGUGAAUUUGAGCAACAUGAUGACUCAAUGCUUUGUGCAUUUAAACACACUGUGUGUGUGUUUGUGUGGACAGUUUCCACUUCCAUAUGAUGUUGACAAACUGUACUGUUCUUAUUUUACCAUCUUGAUCCUUGUCCUUCAGUCCAUCUUUCUAUUUACUUCACUAUCUAGCUGUGUAUUUACUACACACAGCAAAAUCUUCCUAAAGAGUAACUGCCACGCAUUCAGAAUGUCAUUGAGGAAUGCCCUGGGGUUCAUCUGGUCCUCCUACUCUACUCCAACUCCACAGAGUGUCAAACAAAUAUUCACCCUCCUUCUCCUCUGUUUGUUUAUCUCCACAAGCACUGGUGCGCUACUCUUCCACUGGCUAAGUGGGCUCUUAAGGUAUCACCCACAGACUGCGGGCAUUGCCACAGGCAUCUACACAGUAGCCAUCUUAAUCUUCUCAUUUCUUAUACAUCCUUUUCGUUGUGCAUUCACACUGAUGUUUCCAACGCUGGGCACCCAACAGGGACGCAAAAUCGUUCUCUAUUUGUGCGUGCUGAUUGUGCUGAUUUAUGUUCUGCCAAACAUUGCCACUAACAUAGCUGCACUUACACACCUCAUGAAGUGCACAUCAGAGAACGUCGCUCACAGUGUCCUAAAUUCAUCAGCAUUAGGCAACAUCAUAAAGAGUGAUCUGGUUUCUAAAGUUAAAAAUAUUCAGGAUUCAGGUAUUGGGACGUUUGUGGAGCAGUUAAGUAGUUUUAACCACCGCACAGACAUUGACGUGACUGGUCUAAGAGAAAAUCUGAAAAAUUUAAGCAAACUUGUCGGGCAGGAUUUUUCCAAGGCGAUACAUCAACUAGAGGAACUGAAGCUCCUUUCAAGCAGAAUACUUGCUGCUGGUUUGGUGAUCUACCUUUUUAUGGAUUCAUCCAUUUACCUGAAGUCAUACCUGACAUCUGUGAUAUUUGAUAAUGUCUACAUCACAGGGCUGCUAAAAAAAAAUGCAGACAAUAGAGGAAUCCAAGUGGAGGCAAAAGAUGUGAAAAAUGGAGUGAACGUCACCAGCUUCAGAAUGUCAAAACAAGAACUCCUUAAGUGUUUACUUCCCAUUCUCAUGAUCACAUUGUAUCUGCUGAUGACGAUCAUGCUUCUAGUACUUGACCAUAUAGUGCAUUAUGCUGUGGUAACAGGCGGGCCUUGGCUUUUGGACAUUCCCCCUACUGACAUUUCCAUGGACAUCCAUUUUAAGGUUUAUUAUAAGCAUAACGCCUGUGAGAUAUUUGGCUGCAAACCCUCAGAAUUGGUGAACUUCGUCAGAAAGUACAAUGCCACCAUUAGUUCUGAUGUGACUCAAUGCAAGACCAGGCCAAGCAAGCUGAAUGCAGGUGUGAUACUCGCACUGCUCCUGCUCUACUUCCUCAGUUAUUGUCUCACUUUCCUAGAGGUCUACGCUCGACGCCUUCGCAGGAAAGUGGCCUCUUCUUUCUACCAGCUGCAGGAGGAGAAAAGAAUCACAUUUCUUAUCGAUCAAAUUGUGACCAAGAAGAAGAGAAAGCAAGCCAAACAAGCAGAACUUAAAAGUACUGAGAGCAGGAUGCAGGGAAAUGAUAAGAGACUAUUAAAGUUUUUACCUCUUGCUAGAUUAUAUGCAUGUUUUCCUGCAAGAAAAGACAAUGCGGUCAAGCAUACUGAUGAUAACCAGGAGCCAGAUCCCUGACUGUACUGGUUGAAACUGACAAGAUGGCUCCAUUAAUAUUAAUUAAUACUGCAAAAUAUUUUAUGUAGACUUAAUUAUGGAACAGGCAGUACAGUGAUGCAGAGGGUAACAUUGCUGGUUCACAGCUCCACAUUCUUCAACUCGGGUUACUUUCUGUGCAAUGUUCUCUCUGUGUCUGUGUGGGUUGCUCCAGGUUCUCCAGUUUCCUCCCACCUCCCUAAAAGGUGCUGGUAGGUGUAUUGGUUACUCUAGAUUGCCCUUAGGUGUGAAUUAAUAUGUGAAAGUAUGUGUGCAUGGUGCCUUGCAAUGGAUUGGUGUCGUAUCCAGAGUGUAUUACUUCCUCAUGCCCAGUGUAGCUUUUGAAAAGAAAAGAAAAGAAACUAAAAGAAAAGAAAAGAACACAUUUAUGCUUAGCACGAAUCAAUUUUAUUACAUUAAAACCUUGUAAUUUGAUCCAAUCAUAAUAUUAUAAAUAUUCAUAUUUAUAUUCCUUACAUUUUAUUGUUGUUUUAUUACUAUUAAAUAAUAUUUAUUACAAAUAUUGUUUUUAUUAAGAAUUGUAACACAUAAUACUGUAUACUCUAUGAUUCCCACAUCUCUGUAGAACAAGGAAAGGAUGAUAUGUCUCUAAAUGUCCACUUGAUGUCAGUAGCCUAACAGAUUUAAAUCCGCUUGGCUGUGCAUGAAUAAUGGUGUCUAGGACUUAAAGUGACAGAUUUGUGUGUGUGUUUGUAUGUAUGCAUGUGUAUAUACUACAUACAUUUAAAUAUGCAUACAUUUGUGCAUGUGUGUGGAAGACCUGCAGAGGUCUGAAGUGUUAGCCUGCAUAGAAGUCUAUUAAGAUCAACAAGAGAUAAAAUGCUUGUUGUUAUUGAACAAUAAUGAAAAUCUACUUUUUCAGUAUUUAACCAUAUAGAUAUUGGUGUGUGGCUGAUUGACCAGAUAUCAGCAAUGCUGCUUUGAUUAAAUGCGUUGCACAAACAUACUUUUCAAUUUCUCAGUAAUACACCAUCUCUGUGUUAUUUAACACAGACCUGUACCUUAUUGUUAGUCAUGUUUUACAAAUUAAGUCUCAGACUGCUGAUUACUGUCAUUGUGAAAUAGUGAAAGAGAUUCAGGCCUUAUGCAAAGUACUUUACCUGUUCACAUGCUGCAGAAUAAAAGGAUAUGAGAAAACAGGAUAUUAAUGAAAAGAUAGCCAUGCCUUUUAACUGAUUAUUCAGGUAACUGGGAAAAUGGUUUCAAUUAUGAGCCCUUUCUAUACAGCAGUCACAUGCUAGAUAUUUCUUUUUCCUGGUAAGUAAUGGUUUAAUUUGGAAUAACAAAGUAUUAUUUAUAUGUUACAUUUUGUUCAGAUUUGUUUAGUUGAAUGGUUGGAUUCAACAUACAAGAUAUAUGUUUUAAAAUUUUGAAACUGACUAAAAAGUUAUUCAUUUUUUAAAAUAUUUUUUUAUUCCUUGUUUAACCUUCAUCAGUACUUGUAUAUCAUGGGCAUUGCCCCUUCUUUCAAAUUGAUCAAAACAUCUCUCAGCUCUAUACACUUCCGCUUUUGUAAAGAUCUACUAAAAGCCUCUAGUGUGUUUUUCUUAUCUCACGUUUUUCUGAUGGCACUGAAGCACUGCGGUAUCUUCUGGAUAGAGCUCAAAAACCCUUUUGAGAUCAAAGCAUUUUAUUGUCCAAAAAUACAUAAUAUAUGUGCAUUCAUCUUUCAGGGGUUUGCUAGUUUAGUCCACACUCUUGCCAUCCUUUGAAAUCCUUUUUUUAUAAAAUGCAGUCAAAUGAUUUGGUUUCAGAACGUGAAUAAUAAUGCCUGCUUGAUAAAUAUGAGUAUCAAGGGCAAGUCUCUAAGAUUAGCCGUGUGAAUUUUGCUUCAUAGAGAUGUUUAUUUGUCCACGCAACUAAUUUGGGAUUUUUUCCCCUCAGAAACCUGAUUACUGUACCUUAACUUAAUAUAAAAAUGUAAUAUAAAAUAUAUAUAAAAGAAUUUAUAAGAUGAACCAUGUUCUUCUAGCAAGCCAUACACCCUAAACAUCUUGUUUCAAAUAUUCUGUCACGCUCUCGCCGGCAGAUGGUGCUGAGGUUGUGACGUGCACAGACAGCUGGAGAGCGUGCACAUGCAUGAGAUUAUGUAAGGACGACUUUCCUAUGGACACGUGCCUUUGAUUUGGUUUUGGUUCUCUUCCUGUUCAGGUAUUGGUUGAUGUUCGAGGGUGUGUCAUUAUUGGUCCCAGCUGUCUGUAUUCAAGCGUGAUUAUGUUUGUUAUUUAAAGCCCUCGUGUUGCUGUGCACUUUGUGCAGUAUUGAAUUAAUGUAUAGGUGAAUAUGUUUAAGUAUGCCAAGAGGUCGUCUUUUCGUGUCCUGUUCUUGUUCCAUGCCUUGAAUCUAGUUUCAUGUUUAAACCUCGAUUAUCUCUUCCAGUCUAGACCGCGUUUCAUGUUUAUUGACUUCUGUUUGAGAAUAAAGACUUUGAUCUGUG